GAAGGAAUAUGAACUCGACAUCCUUGGAGAUAGCAAGAACGGAACCACUUCUAUUUGUGUGGAAGAAGUAACAGUGGAUCAAACGCCGGAACCCCAGCCUCUGACUGAAGAUGAUGCAACGGAUAUCGUAAGACAGCUGCAAGCAGUCUUGCUGGAGAAUGGCCCAUCCCAGGAGGAAGACCUGCUGAAAGCACUGGAACCUGAGCAGGCUCGCCGGGUUUUGGCUGUGUACGACACGUUGACUGACUUCUUGGAUGGGCACCCAGGAUUCAAACGGAAGGAUGAGGACCUGCUUUCGUUCAUCUACUACGUGGACCCUGAUGAGGACGAUGAGGGCGAUGAUGACGACUGCUACUACUCCUCCCUCACGACCAAUCUUUGCAACGGACUCUCCGCACUGGCUGUCAGUGCCAAGAAUGCCGAGUACCAGUUUCACUCCCCGGUGGAUAGCGACAGUGGAUCCCAAAGCCUACGUACCGGCUCGUCCUGCAGCACUUCGUACGAGUCUGCCGUGGAGGAGGAGUACGAAGACGAUGGGAAGAGCAAGAAGCCUGGCUGCAAGGACAGCUGGACCCAGACGCCCUCGCGGCCUCGUUGCCAGUCACGAGGCGUACAGGUGGUACAGCCGACAUGCGACGCGGAGUCUCAGACUGAAGGAUGGGACUCUGACCAGAUAACCGAGCUGGAGCUACUGCUGAGGAAACGAGACGCCGAAAUUUUUGAACUCCAAGAGAGGCUGGCAUCUAUUCAGGAAGAGCAUGC